GGGGAACCCGCGGGCGGUCCCCUCGGACUCUGCUCCCCGCUACCGUCUGCGGCGUCUUUAAGCUCCGGGAUCGGGUGAAUGGUCCUAACUGGGAACUCCAACCAAGGGGAACGGUGAUAACCAACGAGCUAGUUUUUUGUUUUUUCCUCCUUUAUUGUACGGCGCUGUUCGUUAUGUGAGGCAGGAUGGUGGGGCAGUUAGAGAGGAGGAAAAAAAAAAAAAAAAGAAAAGAGCCACAACAGCACACACACGUGAAAAAAAUUAUGGACAGACUGAUCCUAAAAGCUGGAAUGCAGAACUCACCAUGAGCAUAGUGACACAAUGGAUUUUGGUAACAGGGGGAGGAUCCACUGCAACAUGAAGCUCACCUACUUUCUGCUGGUCAUGGGAAUGUUCUGCCUGACACCUUCCCUCUGCCAUAGCCAGAUUGAUCCACUGGCUCUUGGGCGAGCAGACCCUCAGUGCUGGGAAUCCUCCUCAGCUGUCUUACUGGAGAUGAGGAAGCCUCACAUUUCUGACUCUGUCAGUGGCUUUUGGGACUUCAUGAUCUUCCUGAAAUCAUCAGAAAACUUGAAACAUGGGGCUCUGUUCUGGGACCUGGCUCAGCUAUUCUGGGAUAUCUAUGUGGACUGUGUGCUCUCCAGAACCCACGGCCUAGGAAGAAGACAGCUUGCAGAAGCUCAACAGAGGAUCACUACCCUGGCUUCUCAGUUCACAGGGAGAAACCGAGGGAUGUUCGCUCAUAUUCAGAGGUCACCAGUUCUGAGGAAGAGAGACUUGUUUGAAGAUUUAAUAAAAAAACACAAGCAUAAAAGUAGAUCUACGUUACUUGGAAGAAUCAUUGGAGAGCUCGGGGAAAAGAAGAAACAACAUAUUUAAUCCAAGAACACAAUUUGUAUUUAUUUUUUUUAACUGUUUCUCUUUUCUUUUUGCAUUUUAAGUCUCAGUAAUGUGAAUUUACAGGUGGACAAAUGCCUAUAACUAGUACUGUAUCUGAUUUAACUUCUGGGUUGUUGUUUUGUUUUUGUUUUGUUUUUUUCUUAAGUGCCUAUGAAUUUUGUCUCCCUAAUAAACUGCAUGGUUUAUAAGCA